AUGAUGGAUGACUACGUUAGUGAGUCCGAUAGCGACUACACGAGCUAUUGGCGAGACUGGUUCAUCUCUUCGAGGGGCAACGAGUACUUUUGCGAAAUCGACGAAGACUACCUCACCGACAGGUUCAACUUGACGGGCCUUAACACGGAAGUCCAGUAUUACCAGUAUGCUUUGGAUCUCGUCACCGAUGUUUUUGACCUCGAGUGCGACGAUGAGAUGCGCGAGGCCAUCGAGAAGUCGGCGAGGCACCUGUAUGGCCUCGUGCAUGCCCGGUACAUUGUCACCACAAGAGGCUUGACAAAAAUGCUCGACAAGUAUAAGAAGGCCGAAUUUGGAAAAUGCCCUCGCGUCAUGUGCCACUCGCACCCCCUACUCCCCAUGGGUCUCUCGGACGUGUCCAACCUCAAACCAGUCAAGCUCUACUGCGCGCGUUGCGAGGAUAUCUACAACCCCAAGUCGUCGCGCCACGCCGCUAUCGACGGCGCCUACUUUGGCACCUCGUUCCACAACAUCCUCUUCCAGGUCUACCCGGCCCUCAUCCCCACCAAGAGCGUCGUCCGCUACGUCCCCCGCGUCUACGGCUUCAAGGUCCACGCCUCAGCCGCCCUGAUCCGCUGGCAGAGCGUCAAGCGCGACGACAUGCGCCGUCGGCUCCGCAAGCUCGAGAUCGAUACGGGGUUCCGUGAUGAGAUGGAAGAGGAAGAGGAUGAUGAGGAAGAGGAUGCCGAGUUUGAAGGCAUAGAUGGCCGGAUGGCUGUUGUGGAAGGCCUAUAG